AUGUGCAUGGCAGAUGAAUUGCGCGAUGUUUUUAUGAACCAGGAAUGUUCUUUCGGUUCUCGCUCUAUCAACCGAACCCGCAAACGUCCUAGUUCAAUUUUGUCUGUUGCGCUGGCAAAGAUGGAUCAGUCAGCAUGCAUGUUGGACUUUACCGAACACGAAAUUGAACCCAGAAAAAAGACCCGACUAUCGAUACAGUCAGACGUGUCUGAAGAAUUGGAUAUAUCAGAAGUCAAGGAGAUUCGUGAAUAUCUCGUUGAAUUACAGUCUGUGCUGGUACGUUACGAAGCUGAUUACGAAAUUCUCAGUCAAGAAAAAGAACAACUGAACAGCCAACUUCUCAACGCGCAAACCGAAAUAGAAAGCCUCCGUGAAGAGAAAAACAAAGUCGAGUCAGUAGUAAGACUCCAAGAUGAAGAAAACUUUGCUAAAAAAUCAGACACUUCAGAAGAAAUGUUGGAUUCCAGUUGUUUCGUUGGCGAACCGUCGAUUUCAACUUCCGUAAUCGACAUGGAACAGUCGUGCGAGUCAGACGAUCAGUUCCUUAGUUUACGGGAUCAGUUUACAGACACGCGUGGAUCGUCCAUUUCCACCGAAAUUUCAGAAGCUGCAGCACAAAGAAAGGAAAAAGUAGAACAUUCCAACAAAAUCAAGCAGUUAGAAGAAGAAUUGGUCCAACUGAAUGAGAGACUUGAACUACUUCAACAAGAUGUCGAAGAAAAGACUUCUGCGCUAGAAGAGAAACAACGUUCCAUUAAAGCUGCCCAAUCGACUAUAGAGAGUUGGAAACAACCCGCCAAACUCUUGAAGAAAUUCGUGCUGAAGCUCGUGCAUUAUUCGUCGCAAAGGAACUUCUGUCGACUUGAAAAAGCAAACGAAGAUCUCGAAGCCGCCCGUACUGUACUACUUGAUUCAGUGGAUCGAGUAGCCCCUCCAAGUCAGGUGGAUCAAGAAGCUAAUGUGAGGUAUGAAAAAACUCUUGAGGAUCUCAACCUUGCUCACGAUCGCGUCAACGCACUGGAAUCUGAGUUAGAACUCAAAACAACUGAACUCAACGCCGCUCUAAACGCUAUCCAGCAAGCUCGCUCGAAAGUAGAUGAACUGGAAGAGAGUUACGCGGAAAAAAAUAAACUUGAAGAGCUUGUUGAAAAAUUAACUAGUCAACUCGACGGUCUGCAAGAUGAUUUAGAUUUGAAAAUUCAAGAACUCAAUGAAGUCCAAGGAGUAAAACAAGAGGUUCUUCUCCGAAAUGAAGUGUUGGACGCAGAUGUUGAACAAAAGAAGCUUGAGAUCAAUCAAGCACAAGCAGAAUUGGUCGAGGUGCGCUUGAAACUUGAGGCUACUGGUGCUGAACUUGAAAGAGCGAAGCAGGAUCUCCAAGAAAGCUGUGCAAGAACUGAAGAACUCGUUCGUAUGAACGAACAGUUAGAAAGGGAGAAGAAAGACGCUGUUGCCUCGAAGGAGACAAUUCAAGAGGAGCUUCGAAUCAACGCUGAUGCAGCCUUGGAGAAAGCUCGACUAUCAAUGGAUGCAGUACACCGUAAUGAUUCUGAAGUGCAUGCACUGCAGGAUUCACUGGAAAAAACUCGAUCUCAAGCCCAGCACCUCCAGUCGUCUAAUGAAGAACUUUUGAGUGAAUUGAAUCUGGCCAAGACAAAAAUUGACGAUCUUUACAACGAUUUACAGUCAGCGAAUGCUGCUCUUUCUGCUCUCAACGAAGAAGCUGCUUCAAGAAAUCAAGAUUAUUCAGCUGAAUUGAACAGGAAGACGCAAGCUAUCCAACAAUUGGAAGUCACUCUUAAAGAAACUAAACUUCAAUUAACUGAGCUCCAGUCUAUGCAAGAAGUCGUUCAAACUGAACUCAAUGAAUCGAAAAGACGAAUUAUUGACUUGGAAGAAAAUUUGGAAUCGGAAUGCGACGCUCGUGUAGCAGUUCAACGUGCUACCGCAGAAGCCGCUUCCGUUGCUGCUGUGACGCUUCACGCGAAUGUUGAGGAAAAGGAGAAAAUUGACCGAGAACUUCUGGAAUAUCGUGAAAGAGUCGCUAGGCUAACUCUGGAACUAAGUCAUUCCACUUCCGCAUUGGAAGCCGCAAAAGCCGAAGUACUUCAGCUGGAGAAUACUAGCCGCACUGAGCGAGUGCCGCGCGAAGAGCUUCAUGCGUUAACUUCAGAACUAAAGGAGGCACUUCAACGAGUGUUUCAGUUGGAAGAGUCACUAGAAGAAAAAUCGACACAGUUAAACGUCUCCUACCAGAAACUGGAAGCGGCUCAAGCUAGGAUUCGCGCUCUGGAACAAAAUGAAGUAGCUGUCUUAAAUCAAGCAGAAUCUUUCGAGUGCACUAUUAAAGACCUAUCAGCUAAAAAUGUGAGCCUCAAUGAAAUAGUUGCCCAAUUCCAGUCCGAUCUUCAGUCAAAGGAAGCUGAGCUGAUUAACCAUCGCUCGAUGACUCAAAAUAUCGCUCUGCUUGAAUCCCGUUUACAAGAUGUAGGUGGUGAAACAGCCCAAAUGUCUCGUAUCAUCGAUGACAAAACAGAAGAAAUCUUGCGCUUAGAAGGAGAACUGGCUCGAUUACACGAGCGGCAACGGGAGCUGGACGAAAUCCGGAUUUCUCUCCAAUCUAUGCAAAGUGUCAACAAUGACUUGGUCGCGGAGCUGAGCGACAAAGAAAACCUUAAUAUCGAUUUGCGUAAAAAUCUGGAGAACAGCACCCAAAGAUUUGACUUGUUGCAUUCAAAGUUGGAACUAGUUCAGACGGAGAAAUCGUCUCUAUCAGAGCGUGUUCUGUUGUUGGAAUCACAAUUGGAAUGCCAAGAACAAGAAAUUGGAGACCUCCGCCAGGGACUCGGUGAGGUACACAACGAGCGUGGAUUAUCAACUCAACUAAAACACCGUCUCAAUUCAUUGCAAGCUCAAUACGACGACGCCGUCAGUCAGUGCCAGCAACUAAGAUUAGCAAGAGACGAAAUUUUGACGCAUCAAGAGCAAUCAAGAGAAGAAAUAUUGCGACUCGGUUCUAAACUACAAGUGAUAGCUGAAGAGAAGUCAUCGUUGGAGCAGUACCGAAUUCUGUCCGAGUCACAGAAAGAAGCCAUCCUUCAAGAUUAUCAAACUGUUAAGAACGCGCUGACUGAGAAAGAAAACGAACUGCAUAUCGCGAAGCGUCAAUGGGAUGAAUUGAGCAACCAAGUGAGAAUGUUGAAUGAUCAAAUGGCAGAGGUGCGGACGAAAGCAAAUGCACUGGAGUCCAGUUCCAAGUUCAACGUCAAUUAGAAGAAACUGUUGACAAGCUGAAACGGGAACUUGUCGAAACCCGUUCGAAAAAUGAAAUCGUACAUUUAAAUUUCGAAACAGAAGAGGACCAUCGCAAGAAAAAGAUUGAAAGGCUGGAAAAAGAGCUAGAAACUUUAAAGCAACAGAACAACUUCGGUUGCUGCGUGAUCGGCAAAACGAAGACGGUACAGUCAGCCUCCCAAAGCCUCGCCUUUCAAUCGUUGUGGAGUCAAUAUCCAAUCAAACCGAUCCAAUUGCUGACAAAGGGUUUGGCUUCCGUUGGCAAAUGGAUCAGUACGUUUCAGACAACGAAAGACUGCGGAAAAAAGUCUCAGAAAUCGGUAAAAGAAUGGAAUUUUAUAAAGAAAAACUGAUCAAGUAUCGAAAUCUGUACUUUCAAACGACCGGCCAAGACCCUCAUGGAAGGCUGUCGAGCAGUUCAUCCAACCAUUCGUCGCAGCCAAUGCAACGCCAUUCUUCUACUUCUUCCAAUUCUUCAAAUUGCAGAGAAAAUGUUGCAGAUUGCCCCAAUGUUGAUUUGGAACGAAACCCAACCCGAAAAACUUUGGCUGCGUCUGCAGUUCCUGCAUCGAAAAGCUCCCAACCUGUAGCAGCACUACAAGCAGCGCAUCAGGAAGAGGCGAAAGCUCGAGUAUCAACUGGAGUUGCAAAGCCUGCGAUGACCGCAUCUUCAUCGACCCGCUGGUCCGACGGAAAAAAGGAAUCUUUAACUAAAGAGGAGAUGGAGAAAAUCAACAAUUGCAAUCCUAGUUAAAAAGAUGUUUGAACUUUAAUUUUGUUUAUUCAAUGUUCAUUCCGUAAAUUUUAACUCAAUCCCUUUUCCUCUUCAUAUUUUAUUCUUUUUUUCAUAUUUCAAUUAAUAAAAUGAGGCAACUUUUUUUUAACGAUUU